AUGUAGACAUGGCUGAAAACUGUCUUUGGAGUUACCACCUUGGCUGCGCUUGCUUUAGUGGUGAUAUGCAUUGUCUUACGUCCCUCAAGAGUUUACAACCCUGAAGGAAAUACAAGGAGAGCUCUUACCCUGAAGGAUAUUUUAAAUGGAACAUUCUCAUAUAAAACAUAUUUUCCUAACUGGAUUUCAGAACAAGAAUAUCUUCAUCAGUCUGAGGAUGAUAACAUAGUAUUUUAUAAUAUUGAAACAGGAGAAUCAUAUAUCAUUUUGAGUAAUAGCACCAUGAAAAGUGUGAAUGCUACAGAUUAUGGUUUGUCACCUGAUCGGCAAUUUGUAUAUCUAGAAAGUGAUUAUUCAAAGCUCUGGCGAUAUUCAUACACAGCGACAUACUACAUCUACGACCUUCAGAAUGGAUUAUUAAAACUUCUAAUCAAAAAGCUAUUUGCAACUGAUACUCAGAAAAGGGACCUUUUCUCCAGUGGAGUGACAGCAUAUGUCUAUCAAAACAAUAUUUAUUUGAAACAAAGACCAGGAGAUCCACCUAUUCAAAUAACUUACACUGGAAGAGAAAACAGAAUAUUUAAUGGAAUUCCAGACUGGGUUUAUGAAGAGGAAAUGCUUGCUACAAAAUAUGCUCUUUGGUGGUCUCCAGAUGGAAAAUACUUGGCAUAUGUAGAAUUUAAUGAUUCAGAUAUACCGAUUAUUGCCUAUUCUUAUUAUGGUGACGGACAGUAUCCUAGAACUAUAAAUAUUCCAUAUCCGAAGGCUGGAGCUAAGAAUCCUGUCGUUCGUGUCUUUAUUGUUGACACUACCUACCCUCACCAUGUGGGCCCUAUGGAAGUACCAGUUCCAGAGAUGAUAGCCUCGAGUGACUAUUAUUUCAGCUGGCUCACAUGGGUGACCAACGAACGAAUAUGUUUGCAGUGGCUAAAAAGAGUGCAGAAUGUCUCAGUCUUGUCUAUAUGUGAUUUCAGGGAAGACUGGCAUGCAUGGGAUUGUCCUAAGAACCAGGAGCAUGUAGAAGAAAGCAGAACAGGAUGGGCUGGUGGAUUCUUUGUUUCGACACCAGCUUUUAGCCAGGAUGCCGUUUCAUACUACAAAAUAUUUAGCGACAAGGAUGGUUACAAACAUAUUCACUACAUCAAAGACACUGUGGAAAAUGCUAUUCAAAUUACAAGUGGCAAGUGGGAGGCCAUAUAUAUAUUCCGAGUAACACAGGAUUCACUGUUUUAUUCCAGCAAUGAAUUUGAAGGUUACCCUGGAAGAAGAAACAUCUACAGAAUUAGCAUUGGAAACUCUCCUCCGAGCAAGAAGUGUGUUACUUGCCAUCUAAGGAAAGAAAGGUGCCAAUAUUACACAGCAAGUUUCAGCUACAAAGCCAAGUACUAUGCACUCAUCUGUUACGGCCCUGGCCUCCCCAUUUCCACCCUCCACGAUGGCCGCACAGAUCAAGAAAUACAAAUAUUAGAAGAAAACAAAGAACUGGAAAAUGCUCUGAGAGACAUCCAGUUGCCUACAGUGGAAAUUAAGAAGCUUGAAGACGGUGGAAUGACUCUAUGGUACAAGAUGAUUCUUCCUCCUCAGUUUGACAGAUCAAAGAAGUACCCUUUGCUAAUUCAAGUGUAUGGUGGUCCCUGCAGCCAGAGUGUAAAGUCUGUAUUUGCUGUUAAUUGGAUAGCUUAUCUUGCAAGUAAGGAGGGGAUAGUCAUUGCCUUGGUAGAUGGUCGGGGCACCGCUUUCCAAGGUGACAAAUUCCUGCAUGCCGUGUAUCGAAAGCUGGGUGUGUAUGAAGUUGAGGAUCAGCUUACAGCUGUCAGAAAAUUCAUAGAAAUGGGUUUCAUUGAUGAAGAAAGAGUAGCCAUAUGGGGCUGGUCCUAUGGAGGUUAUGUUUCAUCCCUGGCCCUUGCAUCUGGAACUGGUCUCUUCAAAUGUGGCAUAGCAGUGGCUCCGGUCUCCAGCUGGGAAUAUUAUGCAUCUAUCUACUCGGAGAGAUUCAUGGGCCUCCCAACAAAGGAUGAUAAUCUCGAGCACUAUAAAAAUUCAACUGUGAUGGCAAGAGCAGAAUAUUUCAGAAAUGUAGACUAUCUUCUCAUCCACGGAACAGCAGAUGAUAAUGUGCACUUUCAGAACUCGGCACAGAUUGCUAAAGCUUUGGUUAACGCACAAGUGGAUUUCCAGGCGAUGUGGUACUCUGACCAGAACCAUGGCAUAUCAUCUGGGCGCUCCCAGAAUCACUUAUAUACCCAUAUGACCCACUUCCUCAAGCAAUGCUUCUCUUUAUCAGAUUGAACCAAUGCAAGUAUUAGCGUGUAAGACAGUCUGAAGGCUUCCCAUGAACGACUUAGACCAUGAAUAUUGUAAAGGCCACUAGAAAUUUAGGAGGGCUCAGAAGUUUAGGCUCUGUAUUGUUUACAUUUUCUUAUGCUCUGUGAAAGAAGAGAAAAGGGGAGCCACGCAUCUCACUUUGGACACAAUCUUUUAUCACCUGUUCAUUUCUGGUGGAAAUAAAGUCAGAUGCUCAGGUUAUA